AUGUACUCAGCGCUCCUAUCCACGAGAAGAACACGUUUAUUAAUCUUUCUUCUAGAGAAAACUCUUUCUAUUUUCAAUCGGAUGACAUCGUCUUUCUUGUUUCUUUUAAUAUUGUCUGCUUCUACGUGCAUUCAUUUCUUCUUUCAUUGUCAUUUCUCUUAUACGUCUCUUUCUCGUCCCAACCCAUUACACUUUGCUAUCCGUUACGUCUAUCUUUUAUUCAUCUACAUUUCACUUUAUAUCUCUGGUCUCUUUUGCAGUCACAUUUUGUCUCCAAUCAGCGCCACGUUUUUGUCCUCACUUUACCUCAGAUCGCAUAUCUUUGGCUCCGAUUCCAUUCCAUUUCCUAUUACGAUCUCACCCAUUUUCAGAUUUUUCUAUUUUGCAUUCUCAAACCCAACUCUUUGCCCGUUAGGUUAUUCAAAGCAAAGGGAUUACACACGAAUAGCAUCGCGAUUCGAACCGAUGCGAUGCGAUAACACAUUUAUUAUCUCGCUGUGCGCUGAAAACGAAACUGAUCCACGCAUGCGCAAUCCAAUCCUCUCCAGUAGCCAGCGUUCAGUGCCUCUCAAUGGAAAAAAAAGCGAGUGCAAACAUUCUUUCUUUUUUUUUUGUUCGAUUUAUUCUUGUUAUAUCUUUUUACGUUCGUUCCGCUAUUUUUCCACGAUUUUAUGUUUAGCUCUCAAAACCUUCAUUACCGGUUUAACUGUUUCGACCUUUUUUUUAUUUUUCGAUUUAUUCAAUUCUUUUUCUUUCUUUUAUAUAUUGUUCAUUUUUUUCUCUUUUUGCCCUCUCCCAUUUGACGCAAUCAAAUCAAUUACGCUAUUCUCAGAGGGAGGCCCAUCAGAUACAAUCGAUUUGCACAUUGUACACAUAACGGUUGGAAAAAGCAGUGCGUUCCCGUGGUGUCGCCACCCAUCUCACAUAUACAGGCUCUCUCCCUCCUGUGGUACCUCAAAAUUUAAUCCCUUCUCACACCACCAAUAUCACAUUUUUCCCAUCACUCUCUCCAUCCAAUCUCAUAUUCUCUUCUCUCUGCCCCUCCAUCCUUAUCUAACAUUCCCCAUUUCUCUCUCAUCAUACAUUCUCCGCUCUGCCUCCACCCACAUCUCACAUACAUCUCUCCCUCUAUCACCACACAUCACACACUGCAUCUUUCUUCUAUCACCAUCCAUAUCUCACAUUUUUGAUCUUUCUCUAUCCAUAUCUAAAUGUUCGCCCCCCUCUCUCUCUCUACCAAUAUCUCACAUUUCUCUCUCUCAUUUUCCCCACUGA